CUCCCAAUCAUAGAUCCCUGACAUACAGACUAGUCCCGCCCCCUAAGACCAAAAUUUGAUUCACUUCGACCUCUGGAAAAAAAGUGGCUCGCCUGCUGAGGCAAAGAAGCGAUUUUCGCUCAACCCCAUUUGGAGAUUUACCUCAGGAAAUAAUCGGAAGACCGUGGAGGGGCCGUGAACUCGGAGGGCACGUUCGUAUUGACUGACAUAGCUCACCUGUACAAGUCAUGAAGCCAUCCCUUGUCCUCUUCGCUGUGUUGCUAUGCUGCAUAUCUUCACGGUCGUCAUGGGCUGCCAAAAUCAUCGUCGUGCCUCCCAUCAUGUUCGAAAGCCACCUCUACAUCUUCAAAACACUGGCGUCCGCCUUACACGCCGAAGGCCACGACACCGUCUUUCUCGUAUCGGAAGGACGUGAGAUACCGCCUUCGGACCACUACCGCCUCCAGCGCUACCCGGGAAUCUUCAACAGCACCUCGGCCGACGACUUCCUGCAGUCCAAAGUCCGGAACAUCUUCGCCGGGCGGUUCACGGCGCUGGAGCUGUUCGACAUCCUGGACCACUACUCGCAGAACUGCGACGCCGUCGUCGGCAGCAGCUCCGUGAUGCAGCAGCUGAAACGCGAACGCUUCGACCUUCUCCUCGUCGACCCCAACGAGAUGUGCGGCUUCGUCAUCGCCCACAUCUUGGGGGUCCAGUACGCCGUCUUCAGCACGGGGUUGUGGUACCCGGCCGAGGUAGGCGCCCCGGCGCCGCUCUCCUACGUCCCCGAGUUCAACUCGCUACUCACAGACCGGAUGUCGCUGCUGCAACGGGUGGCCAACACGGCAGUGUACCUGGUGUCGAGGUUUGGCGUCCAGUUCUUGGUGUUGCCCAAGUACGACCGCAUCAUGAGAAAGUACAACAUCCAGCCCUACGCGUCCAUGCACGACCUGGUCCAGCAAACCCGGCUCUGGAUGCUGUGCACGGACAUGGCACUGGAGUUCCCCAGGCCCACCUUACCACACGUCGUCUACGUCGGGGGGAUUCUGACCAAACCACCCAGCCCACUACCACAGGACUUUGAAGACUGGGUGGAGAGCACGGAUGAACAUGGCUUUGUGGUUGUAUCGUUCGGGGCUGGAGUGAAAUACCUGUCCGAUGACAUUGCUCAUAAACUGGCCGGGGCAUUGGCUCGUCUACCUCAGAGAGUCAUUUGGAGGUUUUCAGGAGUUCCUCCCCGUAACCUAGGCAACAACACUAAACUGGUGGAUUGGAUGCCACAGAAUGAUCUGUUAGGACACAGAAACACACGUGCGUUCCUGAGUCAUGGGGGUCUAAACAGUAUCUACGAGGCCAUGUAUCACGGUGUACCGGUGGUUGGUGUGCCCCUGUUUGGGGACCAUUAUGACACGAUGACGCGGGUUCAGGCGAAGGGUAUGGGCGUGAUGCUGGAGUGGAAGAAGAUGAGCGAGGAAGACCUUCACACCGCCAUGGUGAAUGUUAUUGCCGACAACAGGUAUCGUGAACGAGCUCAGAUGUUGUCCAACAUCCAUAAAGACCAGCCGGGUCAUCCCGUGAACAGAGCUGUGUACUGGAUCAGCUACAUCCUCCGUCACAACGGAGCUGAGCACCUCCGCCCAGCCGUCCACAACAUCCCUACCUACCAGUACUUCCUACUGGACGUUGCAGCGGUGUUUGGAGUAGGACUGUUUCUGAUUGGCUACUGCUUGUACAGGAUAGGCAAAUUCGUCAAGUCGCGAUUCUGUCAAGCGUCCCCGGUCGGAUUUGACAAAGUAAACGGACAUUGUCAUAAUGGAAUUCCCAAUGGAAAACACAAGCGGAACGGCCAUGUGAGGUCCUUGGAAAAGAAGGUGAAAUAAAACGGGGGACCUGCAGACUAACGCUGCACUAAAGAAGGAAACUAACUACACACAGAGCCUUACUGGAAAUAAACAAAUGUGCAUCAAAUAAAUAAACAAAGAAAAAAACAAACAAACGAAAAACACUCAACAAGAGACACAUAGGAAAGAAAAGAAAAAUCAAAAAGUGUGAUAGAAGCAAGUGUUUAUUUGAAACCGGCUGGCUCUUGUUUUCCCACUCAUCCUUUUGGGAAUGGAGUGAAUGUCGAUGUGCAGUUUUGAAUAUCGAAACGAUUCUUUGAAGAAAAUGCAGGAACCCCAGAAUUAAAUGUUAGACAUUAAUGUUUUUAACAAGACGCUACUGUGCUGUUGAACAUCAGG